AUGUCAGGCAACAAAGAAAGAAAGAGUAAAGGAAUUCCUGAAGAAGCUGUGGGUACCCAAGACACAUCAUUGACUGAGGCUGUAGAGCAAGUUGCAAAACAACAACAAUCACAAAUAUCAGAAAUAGAAAAAAACAGAAAAGUUCUAUUCCAUUUGCAGAAUGAACUUCAUGAGCUUGAAAAACAAAUAGCAGCUGUCUCUGCAGAAACUAAAGAAACAGAGAGGCAAAUUUAUCAGCAAGAUACUGCAAUGGAGAAUUCCAAAUUUCAGUGUGGACUUCUGGAAUCUCAAAUCAAGUCCUUAUAUACAGAAAAUAUAAAGCUUAAAAUUGAUACAGAAACAGCUCAGGAAGAUUUUCAGGAGCACAUGAUAAGACAUAAUGAAUAUUAUGCAAAAAUGAAAGCACAUAGAGAUAGCUUGAAGGAAAUAGAAAGCAAAUGGCCAUGUAUGACUGAACUCAGUGAAAAACGAGAUUGCAUUAAAAAACUAAAGAUAAUGAAAGAGGAACUAAGACAAGAUCUCCAAAAUCCAGGAGGGAACAAAAUAAAACAAAUACAGGAAGACAUGUCAAAGCUAAAGAAUGAAAUUAUAAUUAUUAAAGAAUCUAUCAUUGAAAAAACUUGUUUUCUUGAUGAAGAAAGAAAGACACAUAAAAAACUAAGAAAAGAAAUAGAG